UUUAUCAUUUCAUUUCAAAGAAAACGCCGAUGGAGGUACAUGAUGAUCAAUAGGUCCUCCACCAUAUCGCUACCACCGACUUUGUUUCAUUUUCGUGUUAUCCAAUGGAAAACAACACCAACCACAAACCCAUCACCACCAAGAAGGAGGCGCAGGCGCUCCUCCUCGGUCGCUACGAGGUGGGGAAGCUCCUUGGCCAUGGAACGUUUGCCAAGGUCUACCAUGCCCGCAACGUGAAGACCAACGAGGGCGUGGCAAUCAAGGUCAUCGACAAGGAGAAGAUUCUCAAGGGGGGCCUAAUUGCCCACAUCAAGCGCGAGAUCUCCAUCCUCCGCCGCGUCCGACACCCGAACAUCGUGCAGCUUUUUGAGGUCAUGGCCACAAAGUCCAAGAUCUUCUUUGUCAUGGAGUUUGUCCGCGGUGGGGAGCUCUUCAACAAGGUCGCCAAGGGCCGGCUCCAGGAGGAAACUGCUCGGAAGUACUUUCAGCAGCUGAUCUCCGCCGUCGGAUUCUGCCACUCGCGUGGCGUCUACCACCGCGACCUCAAGCCUGAGAACCUCUUGCUCGACGAGAACGGCGAUCUCAAGGUCUCCGACUUCGGCCUCAGCGCCGUCUCCGACCAGAUUCGCCAGGACGGCCUCUUCCACACGUUCUGCGGCACACCGGCUUACGUUGCCCCCGAGGUUCUCGGCCGGAAGGGCUACGAGGCCUCCAAGGUCGACAUCUGGUCUUGUGGGGUUAUACUCUUCGUUUUGAUGGCUGGGUAUUUGCCCUUUCACGACCAGAACAUCAUGUCCAUGUACAAGAAGAUUUACAAGGGCGAAUUUCGGUGCCCGAGAUGGUUCUCGCCGUCGCUCACUCGGCUCCUUUCCCGUCUUCUCGAUACGAACCCGGAGACCCGGAUUACGAUCCCGGAGAUCAUGGAGAACAGGUGGUUCAAAAAAGGGUUCAAACACAUCAAGUUUUAUAUAGAGGAUGAUAAGCUCUGCAAUGUCGUGGAAGAGGAGGAAGGCGAAGGUGCAGAGGAUGAAGAUUCGGUCUCGGACCAGUCUGAAUCGGAAUCGGAAUCUGGGUUCGAGACGACUCGGAGUCUGAUUAGGAGGACGGGCACGUUGCCGAGACCGGCGAGCUUGAACGCGUUCGACAUCAUCUCGUUCUCGCGCGGGUUCGAUCUCUCUGGGUUGUUCGAGGAGGGAGGGGAGGAGGCGAGGUUCGUAUCGGGCGAGCCGGUGUCGAAGAUCAUAUCGAAGCUGGAAGAGAUAGCGAAGGUGGUGAGCUUCACGGUGAGGAAGAAGGACUGCCGGGUGAGCUUGGAAGGGUCGAGGGAGGGCGUGAAGGGACCCCUAACAAUUGCGGCGGAAAUAUUCGAGUUGACACCGUCGUUGGUCGUAGUGGAGGUGAAGAAGAAAGGAGGGGAUAAAGGAGAGUACGAGGACUUCUGUAACAGGGAGUUGAGACCUGGGCUGCAGAAUUUGAUGCUAGAGGAAGCUACUCCUUCGUUUCCUCCACCUUCACCUGGUUCUUCAUACCUACCUUCUGAUACUGAGUAGAUGAGUGAUGGAGAGAGAGCGUGAGAGAGAGAGAAGGAAAGGAAAAGGUUGUGAACUUCAAGUACAACCGCAAUCAGUUGCGAUGGGUUCCCCGAUUUCUGUAGUUGAUGAGUUGCACGCAAUCAUGGGGGAAAACUCUGGUUAGCUAUUGAAGAAAUGGAAGGGGGAAGUCAAUUUAUCACCUAAAUUUGGUGAAGAGUGGUGGUCAGGAUGGACAUCUGAAAGGAGACAUUGGCAAAAAUCUAAUGGGAUUGCUACAAACAGAUAAUCAAUCUGUCAAAACAAAUCAUGUCAUCUCUCUCCUUGUGUUUCUAAUAAUUGCACAUUGCCAAAAAUGCAUAAGAAAACCCCUAUUUCUCUGAUAAUACCAUAUUGUUCUCACAAAAAUGUUUGGCAAAUCUUAUCCUUGUGCUGUGAGUUCUGCUGGUUCACUAGAGCUUGGUUGCUAGAGGCUCCAAAAUGAGAGAGAUUGACCUUGUUCUCAUCAUGUUGUCUUUUGCUUCCUGGAUAUUGCAACAUUAAAACUCUGUUUCUUGAU